AUAAACACAAUUGUUUGUGUUAUUCUAUGCAGACAUGGCUCAGCAAGAAAAGAUGCAAUAUUCCUUCUGGGUCAAACCACCCUGGCCUCCUCUUCAUAGUCCCCUGGCUCAUGUGCUUGAAUUAGACAGGAUUAAAGGCUUAACAGAGCUGGAAGCCUCACAUCCAACUCCCAAGUUGAGCCCCCGACCUUCUGUCUGCCUGCUAAGAAGGACAAGGGGGAAAGGUGGCUGCGAAAGCAGGAGAAGAGCACCGUUUUAUACACAGUCAAGGGAGCGCCGACCCAGGAGCCAGGACUCCCGGGAUCCCAAUGAUGAGAGGAUGGGUCCUGCUCUUUUGGUCCACACUGCUUUGUGUUCUCGCUGGCCCGAUGCACCUCUUCCAGCCAAACCUGGUGAUGGAUAUGGCCAAGGUCCUCCUGGAUAACUACUGCUUCCCUGAGAAUCUGAUGGGAAUGCAAGCAACCAUUGAGCAGGCUAUGAAGAGUCGUGAGAUUCUGGGCAUCUCAGACCCUCAGACACUGGCCCAGGUACUGACAGCUGGAGUGCAGAGUUCCUUGAACGACCCACGGCUCCUCAUCUCCUAUGAGCCCAGUACCCUGGAGGCUCCCCAGCAAGUACCAGAGCUCACCAACCUCACCCGAGAAGACCUGCUGGCCCAGAUACAGAGAAAUAUCCACCAUGAGGUUCUGGAGGGCAACGUGGGUUACCUACGAGUGGAUGACCUCCCAGGCCAAGAGGUGCUGAGUGAGCUGGGGGAGUUCUUGGUGACCCAUGUGUGGAGGCAGCUCAUGAGUACUUCCUCCUUGGUGCUAGAUCUCCGGCACUGCACAGGUGGUCAUGUCUCUGGGAUCCCUUAUAUCGUCUCCUACUUGCACGCUGGGAACACUGUCAUGCACGUAGAUACUAUCUACGAUCGCCCCUCCAAUACAACCACAGAGAUCUGGACCUUGCCCAUGGUCCUGGGGGAGAGAUACAGUGCUGACAAGGAUGUGGUAGUCCUCACCAGUGGACGUACUGGGGGAGUGGCUGAGGACAUCGCCUACAUCCUGAAGCAGAUGCGCAGGGCCAUCGUGGUGGGUGAGAGGACAGAGGGCGGUGCCCUGGACCUCCAGAAGCUAAGAAUAGGCCAGUCUAACUUCUUCCUCACAGUGCCCGUGUCCAGGUCCCUGGGACCCCUGGGUGGAGGUGGCCAGACAUGGGAAGGCAGUGGAGUGCUGCCCUGCGUCGGGACACCUGCAGAGCAGGCCCUGGAAAAGGCCCUGGCCAUCCUCACCCUGCGCCGUGCCCUGCCAGGGGUUGUCCUCCGGCUGCAGGAAGCCCUGCAGGACUAUUACACACUGGUGGACCGAGUGCCAAGCCUACUACACCACCUGGCUAGCAUGGACUACUCAGCUGUGGUCUCUGAAGAGGACCUAGUGACCAAGCUUAACGCUGGCUUGCAGGCUGUGUCGGAGGACCCCAGGCUCCUGGUAAGAGCCACUGGACCCAGAGAAACCUCCUGUAGGCCUGAGACUGGGUCUAAUGAUUCUCCAGCAGCCGUGUCUGAGGUGCCCGAGGAAGAAGCUGCCCAGAGGUCUCUAGUGGACUCUGUGUUUCAGGUAUCUGUACUGCCAGGCAAUGUGGGCUACCUACGCUUUGACAGAUUUGCAGACGCCCCUGUGCUGAGGGCACUGGGCCCUUACGUGUUGCACCAGGUAUGGGAGCCCUUGCAGGACACAGAGAACCUCAUCAUGGAUCUGCGUCACAACCCCGGGGGUCCGUCCUCCGCUAUGCCUCUGCUGCUGUCCUACUUUCAGGGUCCCGAGGCUGGCCCUGUGCGUCUCUUCACCACCUAUGACCGCCGCACCAACAUCACCCAGGAGCACUUCAGCCACAGGGAGCUGCUGGGCCAGCGCUAUGGCAACCAGCGUGGGGUGUACCUGCUUACCAGCCACAGAACCGCCACCGCUGCUGAGGAGUUUGCCUUCCUCAUGCAGUCACUGGGCUGGGCCACCCUGGUAGGUGAAAUCACUGCGGGUAGCCUGCUACACACCUGCACGGUGCCACUGCUGGACUCGUCAGCGGGUGGCCUGACGCUCACGGUACCUGUGCUCACCUUCAUUGACAACCACGGCGAGGCCUGGCUUGGGGGCGGUGUGGUGCCUGAUGCCAUUGUGCUGGCUGAGGAGGCUUUAGAGAGAGCUCAGGAGGUACUGGAUUUCCAUCGCAGCCUGGGUGCCUUGGUAGAGGGCACCGGUCGCCUGCUGGAAGCUCACUAUGCCCGGCCAGAGAUAGCAGGGCAGGCCAGAGCUCUCCUGCAAUCCAAGCUGGCCCAAGGAGCCUAUCGCACAGCUGUGGACUUGGAGUCACUGGCCUCACAGCUCACUGCUGACCUACAGGAGAUAUCUGAGGACCACCGCCUGCUGGUCUUCCACAGUCCUGGUGAGCUGGUGGCAGAGGAGGUCCCCCUGCCGCCUCCUGCUGUUCCCUCCCCAGAGGAACUCUCCUAUCUCAUCGAGGCCCUGUUCAAAACAGAUGUGCUACCAGGCCAGCUGGGCUACUUGCGUUUUGAUGCCAUGGCUGAGCUGGAGACGGUAAAGGCUAUUGGGCCUCAGCUAGUACGGCUGGUGUGGCAGAGGCUAGUGGACACGGCUGCACUAGUUGUCGAUCUGCGCUACAACCCUGGCAGCUACUCUUCUACUGUGCCUCUACUCUGCUCCUAUUUUUUUGAGGCCGAGCCCCGCCAGCACCUCUACUCUGUUUUUGACAGGGCAACAUCUAAGGUCACAGAAAUAUGGACCCUGCCACUGGUUGCUGGGCAGCGCUAUGGUCCCCAUAAGGACCUCUACAUCCUCAUGAGCCACACGAGUGGCUCUGCAGCUGAGGCCUUCGCUCAUACCAUGCAGGACCUACAGCGGGCCACAGUUAUAGGAGAGCCCACAGCCGGAGGGGCACUCUCUGUGGGCAUCUACCAGGUGGGCAACAGCCCCUUAUAUGCCUCCAUGCCUACCCAGAUGGCCCUGAGUGCCACCACCGGUGAGGCCUGGGACUUGGCUGGUGUGGAACCUGACAUCACUGUGCCCAUGAGUGAGGCCCUUUCCACAGCCCAGGACAUAGUGGCCCUGCGUGCCAAGGUACCCACCGUACUGCAGACAGCUGGGAAACUAGUGGCUGAUAACUACGCAUCCCCAGAGUUGGGGGCCAAGAUGGCUGCCAAGCUAAGCCGUCUGCAGAGCAGAUAUGCAAGGGUGACUUCAGAAGGGGCCUUGGCUGAGAUGCUGGGGGCAGACCUACAAAUGCUCUCUGGGGACCCACACCUGAAGACAGCACACAUCCCAGAGGAUGCCAAGGACCGAAUUCCUGGAAUUGUGCCCAUGCAGAUCCCCUCCCCAGAAGCCUUUGAAGAGCUGAUCAAGUUUUCCUUCCACACAAACGUCCUGGAGGACAACAUUGGCUACUUGAGGUUCGACAUGUUUGGGGACUGUGAGCUGCUUACCCAGGUCUCUGAGUUGCUGGUGGAGCACAUCUGGAAGAAGAUUGUACACACAGAUGCGCUGAUCAUCGACAUGAGGUUCAACAUUGGUGGCCCCACCUCCUCCAUCUCAGCCCUGUGUUCCUACUUCUUUGACGAGGCGCCCCUCAUUCUGCUGGACAAGAUCUACAGCCGACCCAAUGACUCCGUCACCGAACUCUGGACCCACACUCAGCUCACAGGUGAACGAUAUGGCUCCAAGAAAAAUGUAGCCAUCCUGACCAGUGGCGUGACAGCUGGUGCUGCUGAGGAAUUUACUUACAUAAUGAAGAGGCUGGGCCGGGCGCUGGUCAUCGGAGAAGUGACAAGUGGAGGCUGCCAGCCGCCACAGACCUACCAUGUGGAUGACACUCACCUCUAUAUCACCAUCCCCACGGCUCGCUCUGUGGGUGCCACAGAUGGCAGUUCCUGGGAAGGAGUGGGUGUGACACCUAACGUGCUUGUUCCUUCAGAAUUGGCCCUUACCAGAGCCAAGGAGAUGCUCCAGCAGGCCCUGAGAGGGUAAAGCAGAGCCCAAGGGUUCCGAGAAGGGUCUCCAUGCCCAGAGCUGCUAUGUCAGGCUCUCUGGACCAGU